AUGAGAUUUUUUGUUCUCAUUGUGUGCGUUUUUGGACUCGCACAAGCCUUGCCCCGCAACGAAGAGGAGCCAGAAUUCAAGGAAGCCGAGUUAUGUCAACCUUGGCUUUGUCGUGCGCCGGAUUGUAAAUGCACGAGUACCGAAUCUGGAGGCAGUUUUCCAGUAGAAAAGACUCCUCAGUUGGUAAUGGUGACUUUCGAUGACGCCGUGACAGCAUUAAACUACGAAUACAUCGAAAAAUCUUUGAAUAAACUCAGUAAUCCCGAUGGAUGUCCAGCUCAAGCCACGUUUUAUGUCUCGCACGAGUACACGGAUUACUCCAAAGUUCACGAAUUGCAUGCCGCAGGACACGAAAUUGCCUUACACUCAAUUACACAUUCGCCGUACAAUAGUUACUGGCGCAACAUUAGUGUGGAAAAAUUAUUAAUGGAAUUCGGAGAUCAAAAGGAUAUGAUAGCGCACUUUGCAAACAUCCCCGCUGACGAUAUUCAUGGCAUGCGAAUGCCUUUGUUCCAAUUAUCUGGAGAUAAUUCGUACAUUGCAAUGGUCAAAGCUGGUUUGAAGUACGAUUCGAGUUGGCCAACGCAGAAAUACACGAAACCAGGAUUGUGGCCCUAUACUUUGGAUUAUCUCUCGACGCAGGAUUGCUCGAUUGGGGAUUGUCCCACAGCUUCUAUUCCGGGUGCUUGGUUGCAACCGAUUCUUAACUGGGAAGAUGCCGCUGGAACGCCUUGCGCUAUGGUUGAUGCCUGUAUGAAUGUUCCCGAUUACGACGUCGACUUGCUCCUCGAAUGGAUGAAAUCCAACUUCCAUCGCGUUUAUGACUCAAACCGUGCUCCCUUCGGCGUUCACUUGCACGCUGCUUGGUUCCAACGUGGCGACAACAAUUUCGCCGCAUUCAAAAAGUUCAUGGAAUACUUGGUUUCUCACGAUGACGUCUAUUUAGUUGGCACAAACCGUGUCAUCGAAUACACGAAGAAUCCUGUUCCAGUUGAGGACUUUGAAGCUUGUGCCGAAAAGAAAAAACCAUCUUGCAUGCCUCGUUUGUGCGUUUUGAAGAAGGAAACUGCAUCCGGUCCCGAUGAUCGUUACAUGACAAUUUGCACCAAAUGCCCGGAAGCUUAUCCCUGGCUCGGAAAUCCUUUUGGCGAGAAAACAUCCGAAGAAGUGAAAUCGUCUGAAGAAGCUUAG